GAAAGGGGUUCUUUGUAUUAUAUUUAAAGGGAUGUCUAUCGUGUUUUUUUCCUGCCUGAAGCGAGAAAGGUGUGUGGUCAGCCUGCCCUAAUCCAGCUAAACCACAGAGAGGCACUCGAGCUCUGUCCUGGGACCCAUUUGUCAUAUUUGGCGAAUGCUUUACGACCUGAUUCGUCAAGUGACCUGAAAGCCUCCAACCAAACCGUCCAAAUGAGAGUAAACCUGUAAAAAUGGUCGUUUUUGGAAGCGUGUGUGCGUAAUGUGGCACAAGUGGAAUGACAGGCGCGCCACAUGAACGUGCAUGGUCACUUCACAUGCAGAGCGCGUUUGUGGAGAACACUGGCGGGCUGUGUGUGCGUCCUUCACACUUUUCCUGCGUAAGAGAGGCUCACGCAGAAACAGACAGACGUGACGCGCUGUCAUUUUGCUCCUUUGUUGUGGAGUAAUUCCUGUCGGAGUCUGAGGAGGAUCGAGAGUCUGCUUCCGUCCGCGUUCUCGCUGUGAGAUGGAAUCAGGAAACUGAGAAGGAGAGGAGAACGUGUUCAGAAUACAAAGGAGGACAACUAUUGACACCUUCAGCCCAGCAGUCCGCUGUGCGCCCGAACAAAGAUACGAGGACAUUACAGCAAAAGAUUGGGCUUCAUAUCGAUCUGUCACUCCGCGAUUCCUCCAUAAAGACGUUUUUUUUUAAAAAAAUCCUCAUUUUAUCUUGCUUCUGCUCCAAACUGGCUGCCAGCCAUCGGCUCCCUUCAAAGCGCACAGAAACCCGAUCAUUUCUCCAAAGACGAAUCAAGCCAGACGCGUUUCGUGUGUGUCUCUGAAAUUCUCCAAGUUGUUUUUUUCUUUUCUUUUAAAAUCUCGGAUCUGGAUCUGUAUUAUGGCUUCACUGUAUCAGAGAUUCAGCGGAAAGAUCAACACGAACAAUUCCUUUCCGCAUCCACCUGAGGCCAGCCACCUUCUCGGUGGUCAGGCUGCAGACGAGGAGAACGGAGCGAAGCCCCCUCAUCCACUCACCGACGGCAGACCCUACGGCCAGCACCGCAAAAAGUGUUUGCGGGAGGAUGAGGACGACCUGGUGGGCAGUGCGCCGCCUCAGAGGAACUGGAAGGGAAUUGCAAUCGCCCUGCUGGUCAUCCUAAUCAUCUGCUCCCUGAUUGUCACUUCUGUAAUUCUUCUCACCCCCAGUGAAGACGACAGCCUCGCCCUUAAAAAGAAGAUAACCAUAGAAGAUGUCUUUGGUCCAGACCUUCACAUCCAUGAUCCGGAUGCUAAGUGGCUCAGCGAGAAUGAAUUGAUGUUCCGAUCAAGGAACGGGAAUGUCAUCAGGCUCAACGUCGAAACAAAAGAAACGAGGACCGUCGUGCCCAAGCAGCUCUUCGACAGAUCCAAGGCCUCCAAGUACCAAGUGUCCCCAGACAUGCAGCAUGUCCUGUUUGCCUUUGAUGUGAAACCAAUCUACCAACACUCCUAUGUGGCCAAGUACAUUAUUUACAGCCUUGUGAAACAGGACAGUUGGCCUCUAAAUCCUCCUGAGGUUCAAGAAGCUGUUCUCCAGUUUGCCGGAUGGGGACCUCAAGGCCAACAGCUGAUCUUCGUAUUUGAAAACAACAUUUACUACAGAGCGACGGUGGAGAGCCGAUCCAUCCGCCUGGUUUCCACCGGGAAAGAGGGAGUGGUCUUCAACGGACUCGCUGACUGGCUCUAUGAAGAGGAGAUCCUGCAGACCCACAUCACUCACUGGUGGUCUCCAGACGGCCUCCGUUUGGCCUACAUGACCAUCAACGACACUCUGGUGCCGAAAAUGGAGGUCCCGUUUUUCACAGGCUCUGCAUAUCCCGCCAGCCUGGAUUAUCAUUAUCCAAAGGCUGGGAAGGAGAAUCCGACGGUUCACCUGUCAGUCGUAAACCUCCACGGGCCCCUGCACACGGUGGUGAUGAAAAAACCAGACGACCCCCGAAUAAGGAGGGAAUAUUACAUCACCAUGGUGAAGUGGGCCACCAACACCAAACUGGCUGUCAACUGGCUGAACAGAGCGCAGAACAACUCCAUCCUGACUCUGUGUGAAGCCACCACUGGAGUCUGUGUAAAGAAACAUGAAGAUGAAAGUGAAAGCUGGCUGCAUCGACAGAAUGAACAGCCACUGUUUUCCAAAGAUGGACACAAGUUCUUCUUCACCAGGGCCAUCCCUCAAGGUGGGAGGGGGAAGUUUUUCCACAUCUCCAUGUCCACCUCACUGCCUAACAGCAGCACAGACAUCCUCCAGAGCCUGACCUCCGGGGACUGGGACGUCACCCGCAUCCUGGCCUACAACCACGAACAGAACCUCAUAUAUUUUCUGAGCACUGAGGACGACCCAAAGCGGCGGCACUUGUACAGCGCUGACACCAUCCCUCCCUUCAACCGCUGCUGCCUGUCCUGUGAGUUCAAGUGCGGCUAUGUGGACGUGUCAUUCAGCCACAACAUGCAAUACUUCCUUCUCAACUGCAAAGGCCCAGACAUACCGAGUGUAGCUGUGUACAGAACUGAGGACAAACAGAAGAUGUACGACGUGGAGACAAACCAGCAAGUGAACAGCACCUACAACAACCUGCAGACACCCAAAGUGGAGAAUAAGACCAUCAACAUAGACGAUUACACUCUGACGAUGCAGAUUCUGAAGCCAGCUGGAUUCAUAAACACAGCCAGCUACCCGUUACUGCUGCUCGUAGACGGCACCCCCGGUGGACAGAUGGUGACAGAGCAGUUCCAGGUGGACUGGGCCACGGUUCUGGUCAGCAGCUUCAGCACCAUUGUGAUCCGCUUUGACGGCCACGGCAGCGGAUUUCAGGGCACCAACCUCCUCCACAAGGUCCGCAGGAAACUGGGGAAGCUGGAGGAGAGGGACCAGCUGGAGGCACUCAGGGUUAUUUCCAAAGAGCCUUACAUCGAUAAAAGUCGCAUGGGGGUUUAUGGAAAGGCGUAUGGAGGAUAUUUAGCAACAAUGCUUUUGAGCUCGGAGGAGUUCACACAACUGAAGUGUGGAGCCGCCGUCUCUCCCAUCACAGACUUUGAGCUUUAUGCUUCUGCGUUUUCUGAGCGUUACCUUGGCCCAAAGACAGACUCCAGAGUUUAUGCAAUGACAAACUUGGCAAACAGAGCCGGCCAGCUGCUGGAGAAACAGUACUUAAUAAUUCACCCCACUGCUGAUGAAAAAGUUCACUUCCAGCACACAGCCAAAUUUAUUAACCAUUUAAUCAGCGAGAAGGCCAAUUACACUCUACAGAUUUACCCAGACGAGGGUCACUUCCUGCACAGCGAGGGGGCACGGCAACACCUGAGCCAGUCCCUGGUCAACUUCUUUGAGGAGUGCUUCCGAGUGCCGGAGAUGCCGACAGAAGACCAGCAGGAAGAAAAUGAGGACGACAGCUAAGCCUGAUCCUUUAGCAGUCGGACCGCAGCACAAUAUGCAACCAAUUCUUCUCUCCCAGUAAAUGCACAGACCUCCUCCCAGCACUCCAGUCUGAUUCUGCCUCACCUGCAUGUGAAACAGGGCCUCUGCUCACACCCCCCUCGUAUGAUUGCUGCUGCGGCAGGCAGAGGUGGUGAAGAACAGCCUCAGCUCUCCCUGAAUGAGCGGACCAGCACUCCCUCUGGAGUCCAAACGAAGGGUCGCCUUCUAAAUUUGAAACAUUCUCCUCCGCUCUGAAGCAGGACGCACUUGCAGCAUAACGAAACCCCACGAGGACAUCUCAUCACAUAAAGAUCGGACUUUUUACGAAGCUGCCAGUUUGUGAUAACUUUGCCAACUAACUUGCUGAAAGCAGUGGUCAUCAGUGUUUCUUGCUACUUGUUUCUACUCGUUUCUGUCCAGUGUCUUGCGGUGACGGUCUGCUGUGUGCGAGUGGACAUCUACCUGCAGUCCUGCGUUGCUUUAGAGACAAGCACACAAUGUUUUACUUGUGUUGUACUCAAAACGUCGACAAAAAAAAGGUAUCUAAAGUCAUCCUUUCAGUGUUCACACACUCGUGACAUUACCUGGUGUUGUUUUAGUCACUGUGCCUUACAGCGGGGUCGGGACGGUCAGGCCGGGAGCCCAACACAAAACCACCAAACAUGAGAAGGAAACGUUUGGAGCAAAAGUUUGUCUCUCUUCUCCUCGGUUUCUUGGAAAGAGCCGACCCAUAAAUGUAAACAGUAUUUGGUUUGGAGUUUGUCAAUAUUUCCAAUCCAAAGCUGUGAGUUAACCGCUUCUUUUCCUCAGUGAAUUUCCUUGUGUUCUUGACUCGGUCCUCUUCAUGUCCCUUCUGUUAGAAUAUUAUCAGUGGUUUCUAGACAGCUGAUGUACAAAGUGUAUAAACUUACAUUGUUUUUAUGUCUUUAUGUUGUAUGUGCAACUUGUAUAUAUAAAGCAUUUUGAAAUGCA